UGUCUGUUGCUGAACGGCGUUUCGUGCGUUUAUUUACCUUUUUGCGCCCAACGCUUCGCGCUCCGUGCUCUGUUUUUGAUUUUUUUUAACGGAGUGCCUUCUAUUUACACUGGGAAAAAAGACCGGAGGAUGCGGGCGGAACGUCGGAAUUUAAUUGCAAAUCGCAUUUUAUCCUUGGUUGAUUGCGGUUUCCUUCUCAUCGCCGUUGUUGUUGUUGUGUGCAGCAAAUAAAACUCGUUUUACGCACAUGUGUGCGUGUGUGUGUGUGUGCGGUUGUUUGUUUGUUUGCGCGGCUUUUUUUUGUUGUUUUAUCCAUUGCUGGAUGCAAAUUUGACAAAAAUUGUAAGCACUAAAAGGAGUUCAAUAAUAAAGUUUACGCCAGAUUGUAAGAUGUCCUUGACCAAAAAGGAUCCGUCGCUGAGAGUCGCCGCCUCGGAUCCGCAUCUCGUUUCUCUGGGCGGCGGACGACUGAGCACCGCCGUCACCAUCCACUACAUACACAUAGGUGACACUACAAUUGGAUCGGCAGCCAGCUGCAGCAUCUCUUUGAAUGGAAGUGGGGUUCGUCCUCUGCACUGCACUAUCUACAGGAGCGACGCCAACGAAGUGACUCUGGUUCCCGAACAGGAUUCCCGCCUGCUCAUCGACGGCACUCCCAUUCUGGAGGAGACCAAACUCACCCAGGGGGCGAUGAUCACCAUUGGCAACUCGAAUUAUCUAAGAUUCAACAAUCCGGACGAGGCGCAAAUGAUGCGAUCGGCAAUGGGAUCCAACGAGAGGAUUUCGAUGCCGCAAAUCGACUUUACGCAAUCGGCGAGACAGGCUCACGAGCUGAGUCAAUCGCUGGAGCUGGAAUCCUUCUACGAGAGCAUUAUCAAUCCGAUUAACCAUCAGUCGACCUACGAGCUGGAGUGCCCGAAGGUGUUCUCCUCCGAUUUGGUCACGGUCAACAUGCCGGCCAAAGAUGUUUUGGGCCAGAAGUAUGCCAGCUUUGCCCGCAAUCUCGCCGAGAAUCAUCGCAACGAGAAGCAGCUGAACAAUCAGUUUGCCAAGGGAGUGGGCAGCAACGGUGGCUACUGGAAUGUGCCCAGCAACGCGGCGAUCUACAAGGAACAGCAGCAGCAGCAACAUCAACAGCAACAGCACCCAGCUCCUCCGGAUCUGCUCACGAAGGUCAAUAACGAUCGGUAUGACCGGUAUCCCAAGGCGGGUGGCCUGCAGAUCUACUCGAUGAAUGGCGUCAAUAGCGAUAUCAACAAUGGUCUGGUUUCCAGCCACAAUUCUGGCUCUGGAGGCGGUGGAGGCGGAGCUGAACUGGAGGAUAUGCUAAAAAUCUGCACGGAGUACGCGGAUCGCAACAAUUCGAUGGCUCCCACACACAAUACAUCGAGUGCCUCGAGCAUCACGUCAUCGCCAAUUGUCCAGAAUCGCAUCAAGACCAAUGGCUCGUUGCCGCGCGACAAGAAUAAGUCACCGUUUCCACAGCAGGCAGGUGCGGGUAGCACUGCCAAUAUCUCGCUUUUGAGCAGUUCCUCGGGCUACGAGAAUGUUCGAUUGUUGGGACCGAAUCGCGUCGAGAUCAAUGGUCAAAUUCAUGUGCCGGCUUCAGCGGGAGGAGGAGGUGGCUCAGCCGGAGCAGUUACCUCUGGUGGUGGAGUGGCUCCCACGGCGGCGGUGAGAGCGAGCCACGAAAAUCUGAACCUGAACCAGAACAACUCGGGCACAACGACGACGACGACGACGACGGGUGGCAAGUAUGUGCCGCAGAGUCCCAGGACCAAGAUCCGCACCAAUUGCAUGUCACCCAAAAAGGAUGUGUCCUUUGGCAAUGCCUUUGCCUUGGCCAUCAGUCCACCGGCAGUUCAGCCAUCCCAAGCUGUAGCCUCCGCACCGAUACCCAUUCCCAUUCCCAGCCUGGUGAAGCCACCAUUGGCCCCCAAGCCACCGGCGCCAAAUCAGCAGCGUGACUACGAACAGCUCUUCAAGUCCUUCGAGCGGAAGCAACAGCAAUUGGAUCGUCUGGUGCCUGCGAAGCGGAGCAACAAGAAUAUCAACAAUCUCACCCUGAACCUGCAGGCCGUCGAAUCGCAGACGCAGUCGCCGAAACCCAACCGCAAGCCAGCUCCGGCACCGCGGAGCAUUCAUCUGGAGCAGCGACAACGGCGGGAGCUCAUCCAGCGACGCAAGCAGCUCAAGCGGGAACUGGCCGAACUGCCGCCUUCAGCGGGCAUCGAGGGACUGGAGUUGGAAUUGGGUGAACAGCCCUUGGCCGCCAGUGCCUCGCCGCGCCUUCAACUGCAAGCCUUGCAGAAUCGAGUUCGUCGGCUGGAGGCCCAAAGGAAUGCCACUCGCGUCAUGGAGGAGAACCAGCAGGCCAAGCUGAAGCAGUCCAUUGAAAUGAAGCAGGAUCAGCUAAAGAAACUGCGCGCCAUGUUGAAGCAGAAACCGAACAAUGCCUGCCUGAAGGAGGAACUGCAACUGGUGUGCGAGUCUUUGGAGAGCGAUAGAAAGACUUUCGAGGACCUGGAGUUCCAGUACUUCGAGGAGGAGUCCGAGCAUCAUGCCAGCCACGAGGAGUUCAAGCGGCAGGAGCACCGACUCGCCCUCGAAGCCGAACUGGCCGCUCUGCGCAUUCAAAUCGGACCGGAUGAGGAGGAGCCCGGUUCGCCCAGCUCGCCGGGAUCGAGUGGCAGCAAUCUGGUCAACGGUGUGAUGUCGCAAUCGCUAUUCGGAUCCGCUGAAUUGCUCUGUCCAAAGCGACGCAACCAGGAGGACUUAAUGUCGAAGAGCGUGAACGAGAAUAUGUUCUAUAACCAUAAAAUCGAGGCCAAUACCAGUACGCCCAAGCGUCUGCCGCUGCAGCUCUUCGAGGACUUGUGCGGCGGCAGUUGCGAGCAGAUCAGCUUCAAUCUUUCGCUGCAAGGCGAUCGCUUCGAAGUGAACCCGCUGGAGCGACGCGUUCCCUCGCAGGAUGACAUCGAUCGCAGCUGCAAGGUGGCCAACGAUGCCCCGAUCUCCACCAGCCAGGGUGCCAGCACCAAGAUCUUCGACAGCAUCAAGGAGAUCGAACGCAAUCGCAAGCUUUUGCUGGCCCAGCAGGGGCAUCAGGUCAUUGAGCACGAGCGCCAAAAGAUGUACGAUCUGAAAAAGAAGAGCCACGACGAAGCCCGCACCCAGUAUUUGCUCUCCACCCAGCAAUCGGUGGAGCAGCAGCAGCAGCAGCAACAGCUGGAACCGAAUGCCAACGGCGGCAAAGAUGCGAAAUUGUUCGAAAAGACAGAGAUGCAAAAGCUCAAUAAACCAGGUGACACCGCAGUAGAUGAGCAGGUGGAAAAGACCAGUGGCGAUAAGGAGAACAAUGUGCAGAACAGAAAGUCAACCGGCAGCAGUCCCACAACAGCAGCACUUGGAACGACACCUCAACAGCAACGCCAUUCGCAACCGGAAUUGGAGCACCAUGCCAUUGCCCUGGGAAUUGGAGGAGGAGGCGGAGGCGGAGGCGGAGGAGUAGGUGGCGGCGCAGGAUUGGGUGGUGGCAAUCAAAUGGUGGCCCGUAGUCCGCGCCCCCUUUCCGAGGCAAACAACUGCGAUGUGGCAAUCGAGGCGCCCAAGUUUGGCAACGGAAUGGACUCGUCCUCGUCACCGGCGGCGGUGGAGAACAAGCGGGCGAGCAGCAAUUCCCAGGACACGGCAUCGGCGGGCAGCGGCAGCGGUAACAGUGGAAGCGGCGGCAGCACCGCCAGCGAGCGGAAGCGCAUCCUGCCCAAGCACCAGCGUCCGCUCACCCGCUACCUGCCCAUCUUCUCGCCGGAUCUGAAUCUGCGCCAUCACAUCGAGACCGCCGGCCACCAAAUCGAUCUGUGUCCGCAUGUCUUCGUGGACGCCCACAGUUGUCGCGGUUACCUUCACAAAUUGGGGGCCACGUUCCAUGCCUGGUCGAGGCGCUGGUUUGUCCUGGAUCGCCAGAGGAGCGCUCUGAUUUACUACUCGGACAAGUCGGAGAGGAAGCCCAGAGGCGGCGCCUACUUUGCAACCAUCGACGAAGUCUAUCUGGAUCACCUGAAUGCCUCGAAGAGCGGCCGACCACAUUGCACGUUCAUUGUAAAAACGAAGAAGCGAAGCUACAAUUUGCAGGCUGCAUCCGAUUCGGCGGCGCGCAUUUGGAUCGAUGCCAUCAUCACUGGAGCCCAGGGUAAUCUGGACUACUAGAGGAUGCGGCGCGGAGGACUCCUAACACUUCUGCCCAGUGCACAGUCUCAGCAUUAGAUGGAAAAGAUUUUGAUUUAUAAGCGCAGCUAAACAAAACAGUAGCCAUGUAAGACCAAAAAACACGUUGCUCAACCCAUGUGUAGAGCAAAAGGAACCUACAUAUAUGUAACUCCCUUUAUUUUGGCGAACUAACGAAAUCCGAGAUUUCAGUACUGGACCAAAGUCAAGAACGUAUUUUUUAUAGACCUAUAUUACUAUGUACUUUGUAUGUAUUUUACUUUGUCAUAUUCUGAUUAAGGACUAUUUUUCUAUCGAUAGAUUAAGACAUGUAAAUCAAGGACAGCCCCAUGCUACUAACACCGCCAUUAAUCCUAAUCAUAUGGAUAUCCUUAUAGAGCCUUGACCAAUAAUAGCAGGACCACAAAAAACAUUACGGAAAUUUCUAAUUUAAUUUAAUAUUUUUUCUGCUGAAGUAAAAUUUAUUGAAAUAUAUUUUAAGAGGAAGUAAUAUUUUUAAGGCCAUGCAUUUUUGAGGGGCCCUGCUAUUAUUGGUCACGCAUCUGUACGAUCGCGUAUAUAUCAUUAAUCUAUCAUACACAUAUACAAAUUGUAUAACGAUUUAAAUGUAUCAACCAAAAUGACUCUUGAACACUUGAAGUUUCAUCGUGAAUUUACCUAUUAACUAUAUUAAAUUGUAUGCUUAACUAUUACAUUUUAUAAAAAAUAUACCAUAUAUUUUGAUAAA